AUGGACGCGGACAGCAUGGAGCCCCCGGGGACUGUCCAGAUUGAAGAAUGGAACUCGAUCGUUCUCCAGCCUCCUCCUACGGAUGACCCCGACGAUCCACUCAACUGGUCAAAGUUGCGAAAGACAGUUAAUUUCACCCUCGUACUGCUCUUCACGCUCUUUACAUUCACUCUCGUCGAUAUCGGAACAGUAGCAUGGGGCCCAAUGAAUGAGCAGCUCGGCAUCUCCUUUGAGAACAUGAACAACUCCUUUGCGGCAAACCUCGCUGGUCUCGGCGUAUGCUGUAUUUUCGCCAUUCCGUUAGCCCACAAGUAUGGCCGGCGUCCAGUCUACCUGGUUAGCUUGCUUCUGCAGAUCGCAGGUUCCGUCUGGCAGGCAAAAAUCACCACAUCAUGGGAACUGAUCGUUUCAAAUGUUGUAACCGGGGUUGCAGGUGCAGUUAGCGAGGUCAUGGUGCAAAUGACAGUCAAUGACCUGUUUUUCGUUCACCAGAGAGGAAAGGCAAAUGGAAUAUAUUUGGUGAUGGUGUCGAUGGGGGCAUACGUUGCCCUUGUUCCGGCUGGAUUUAUCACCAUCUCCCAGGGUUGGCGUUGGAUCUGGUGGUGGUGCGUCAUUCUCAUUGGGGUGACCUUCAUCAUCUUCGUGUUCUUCUACGAGGAGUCAAAGUUUGUUAUGACACUUGUGGGAGAAGGUAUACCUCAUGAUGCAGGCAAGGACAUGAACAAGUCGAAAGCGUCCCUGCCAGACGACGUGCCUCCGGUUGCCGUGCCGAAGAAGAGCUAUAAAAAACGCCUGGCCUUGGUCACCAAGACAGAUACACCCGUCUUGCAGCAUAUCGUCCAGCCAUUUCAGUUACUAUUCACCUUCCCGGCAGUCACUUAUACCGCCAUCAUGUACGGCUCGCUCCUGUGCUGGUUUUCGGUCCUUGCCACCACCCAGUCGACCUACCUCCUGACUCCGCCGUACAACUUCUCCGCGUCAGGAAUUGGCCUCUUCAACCUGUCUACCUUUAUAGGAACAGUACUCGGGAGUCUCGCAGGUGGACCUAUCAGUGACUGGUGGAUUGGCGUGGCGUGGAUUGUUGUCGCCGUGGGCGCGGCAGUCUUUGGUUUCUCAUUUACACUGAUCGCCGAUGUGUCCCUUUCCUACCUGAUGGAUUGCUACCAGGAGGUCGUGGGUGACGCUUUUGUUGCGGUCACAUUCAUCCGGAAUGGACUGUCGAUGAUUUUCGUAUUUUGCCUCAGUCCAUGGAUUGCAGCGACAGGUCUGGAGAAUAUGUUUAUCGCGGUCGCAUGUCUUUCCUUCGCCAUAAAUUGUAUUACCAUUCCAAUGAUGAUUUGGGGCAAGAAGGCAAGGCGGGCCACGGCAGGACGAUAUCGAACGAUGGCGCUGGCGCGACGCCAUCAACCGCGAUGA